AUGAUCCGUGGGGCCACCUGGAAAGUCCACUACGUGACCCCGCGGUUCCACCCGGAAGGCGCAGGAGCCUGUUACGGGAGAGGGGUGUGUCCGUGCUCGGGGGACCAAGUCGACCGCCACGACCCGCCCUUGCUCUUUGACCUCUCCAGAGACCCUUCCGAAGCCCACGCCCUCACGCCAGACACGGAGCCCAUGUUCCAUCAGGUGAUAGACACAGUCUCCCGCGCUGUGGAACGGCAUCGCCAGACACUCACCCCAGUACCCCUGCAGCUGGACACGCUGGACAACGUCUGGAAGCCGUGGCUGCAGCCCUGCUGCGGGUCCUUUCCCAUGUGCUGGUGUGAUGAGGAAGACCCGGUCACCAGCCCGGGCCCUGCCCAUGACUUGGCUGUGGUGCUGGUGCUGCUGAGAGCACGGAAGCGACACUCUCUUUGCCGCAGCACGGUCAGGGACCCCGCAGGUGAGAUCCUCAACGCCAUCGAGGAAAACGGUUUGAAGAACACGACGUUCACGUAUUUCACCUCCGACCACGGGGGACACCUGGAGGCCAGGGAUGAGCGCGGCCAGCUGGGCGGAUGGAACGGGAUUAUUUGCUGCAGCAACCCCUUUGUGCCAUUGGUCAAGACAGGUGAUGGUGUGUGUGAGCAUGUGCAGGUCCGUGGUCCGUCUGGACCUGACUCUGCCCCUGUAUCUUGCCGCGUCAGGGUGAUAGAUGGACGCAGCCUGCUGCCCCUGCUGCAGGGGACCGCAGAACACUCGGCUCACGAGUUCCUGUUCCACUACUGUGGGAAAUACCUCCACGCGGCCCGCUGGCACGAGAAGGACACUGGAAGGCUCUGGAAGGUCCACUACACGACGCCCAGAUUCCACCCUGAGGGGGCCGGCGCCUGCUACGGCCACGGCGUGUGCCCCUGCUCUGGGGACGGCGUGACCCACCACCACCCCCCACUGCUCUUUGACCUCUCCAGCGACCCCUCUGAGGCACAGCCGCUGUCCCCCGAGUCUGAACCCCGGUUCCAGGCCGUCGUUGCCAGGGUGGGCCGGGCGGUAGAGGAACACCGGAAGACACUGAGCCCGGCACCUCCCCAGUUCUCAUUGGGCAACAUCGUGUGGAAGCCGUGGCUGCAGCCCUGCUGCGGGACGUUCCCCUUCUGCUCCUGUGAGGAGGAUGGAGACCCGGGUGGGGCCAUGCCACCAGCCCAAUAGGGCCAUGGGCCAGAGAACCAGACCUGGCAGGUGCUGGCGGGACGUGGGGAACACCCAAGCAUCCACAGAUGUGUGAUUGUAAUAAAGAGGUGAUUGUGAGGAAUAGUAUGCAGCCAUGAAAAAGGAAGUCCCGGUAUUUAUGGGGAUGGAAUAAGAAACAAACUCAGUGUCUUGCAGUGAUAUCACAGCACUGCUCGUGGCAGUCAAGACUCUGCAACACACACAAGUGUACACGGAUGUGUGAGUUUAAUAAAGAGGUGAGGUGCGGAAUAGUAUGCAGCCGUGAAAAAGGAAGCCCUGGCAUUUACGACCCUGGGGAUAGACUAAGAAACAAGUCAGCAUCUUGCAGAACUAUCACAACAGCCAAGACUUGGGAACACCCAAGUGUCCACAGAUGCCCGAUUUUAAUAAAGAGGUGGUCCCACGGACUAGUAUGCAGCCGUGAAAAAGGAAGCCCUGUUGUUUACGACCCUGGGGAUAGACUAAGAAACAGAUUUGGCAUCUUGCAGAGAUAUCACAGCACUGCUCACAGCAGCCAAGACUUGGGAACACCCAAGUGUCCACAGAUGCCUGAUUUCAAUAAAGAGGUGGUCCCACGGAAUAGUAUGCAGCCGUGAAAAAGGAAGUCCCGGUAUCGAUGUCCCUGGGGUCAGACUUGGGAGGCCGCAGAGUCCCAGAUGGCAUGAUCGCCCUUUGGGUGGGAUCAUCUGAAAUAAAACUUCCGUCAGAGAACGGCUGCGUGGUGGUGGUGACCGAGGGUGGUGAGUGGGGGGCCCCCAGUGAGACUCCAGGCUGCCCUAGACAGGAAGGGGCUGCUGUCCAGAAUGGGAAGUGAGAGUAUCACAGGGGAGCCCCAGAGAUGCCCCACCUCCCGUUCAAAAGCGGGGUGUGUGGCUAUAAGUACCCAAGUCUGCGAGUUUACCCCGUCACAGCAUCUGGGGUUUCACCGCUUCAUACACAACCUUGCAAAAUAGCAAACGGGCGGGUGCUUUUUCACGACUGCAUACUAUUCCCUGCCUGAGUCCUCAUUUCACGAGUUAGAAAUUGAGCAUCUUGGGGGCCUGUUCAUUGCAUCUUGGGGAGCCUGUUCUGAGCACUUGGGACUCUUGUUCUGAGCAUCUUGGGGGAGCCUCAUCUGAAUUCCUUGCCAGCACUUCUCUAAGAUUCCUGGAUUCUUCCGAGAAUCUCUUGAUUUCUUGGGCGGCCACAGACACCGCAGCCUCCGGCGCACAUGUAAAGGUGUUUCUGAGAUUCCACGAAUCCAAGGUGGUAGCGCCUGGCCUUGUCCUUUGAACGUAAAUCCCCUGCCUGUGAAUGCGGAAGGCGUGGAAUACUACGCAGCCACGAAAAAGCCAGCCUCUUGCCAUUUGCCGCAAUGUGGAUGACACUGGAGCCGCUUGGGGUCCGUGGAAUAAGUCAGCUGGGCAAGGAGGGAAGGAAAGCGGGCGGUUCCCCCUGGUGUGAAGGUCUGGGGUCUCCCGUGCCUGGGGGGCCCUCAGCAGACC